UAAUAAACGAAGGGACCGCUUGUGUGUUUCCCGAUAAAAAGACACUCCCUUUUCAGUUUCAUUAUUAUUUCGGACCCGUGGAAUUAUAUUCUUAAACAGACAACAUACAUGCGUUAUGGCAUCUACAGUACAAAUAUGAAACGUUAAACUGUGUAAAGAAUCCUUGAGUUCUUAGAGUCUAAGAAUGUCUACCAUGUCAAGGUCAGUGCAUAUCAGCCAGCAAAAGCUGGCUGAAAAGCUCAUAAUACUAAAUGACAGGGGCAUUGGCAUGUUGACUAGAAUUUAUAACAUCAAAAAAGCGUGCGGUGAUGCUAAGUCUAAACCAGCGUUUCUAUCAGAUAAAACCUUGGAGUCUUCCAUAAAACAUAUUGUCAGAAGAUUCCCUAAUAUUGAUGUUAAAGGUUUGCAAGCUAUUACCAACAUCAGGAAUGAGAUCAUCAAGUCACUGUCUUUGUAUUACUACACAUUUGUAGAUCUUUUAGACUUCAAAGACAAUGUGUGCGAACUUUUAAACAUAAUGGAUGCCUGUCAAGUCACUCUAGAUUUAACCUUAAAUUUUGAACUAACAAAAAACUACCUCGAUUUAGUUACUACAUACGUGGCACUAAUGAUCUUACUUUCGAGAGUUGAAGACAGAAAGGCAGUGUUGGGCUUAUUUAAUGCUGCUCACGAGUUAGUAAAUAAUCAAAUUGAUCCCAGUUUCCCACGUUUGGGCCAGAUGAUAGUGGAUUACGAUGCACCAUUUAAAAAGUUGUCUGAAGAAUUUGGUCCACACCAAAAGCUACUGUCUACUGCAUUAAACUCAUUGUGGCAUGUGUAUCCAGCAAGAAACAUGACAGCUGAACACUGGAGGUCAGAACAAAAGUUGAGUCUAGUUAGCAAUCCAGCUCUGCUGUUAAAACCUUCAGAAACUAAUACAAUGUCAUGUGAAUAUGUGUCUUUAGAGUCACUUGAGCGAUGGGUCAUAUUUGGCUUUGCUCUAUGCCAUCAAAUGCUACAGCAGGACCAUGCUAACAAGAUGUGGGUGAGUGCACUAGAAUCAGGAUGGGUUGUUGCACUAUUCAGAGAUGAAGUUAUCUAUAUUCACACUUAUAUCCAGAGUUUCUUUGAUGGGAUCAAGGGAUACGGGAAAAGAAUUUCUGAAGUUAAGGAUUGCUAUCAUCACUCUGUACAAAAAGCAGGAUACAAACAUAGAGAAAGGCGAAAGUUUUUAAGGACAGCUUUAAAAGAGCUGGGACUGAUUUUGACUGAUCAACCUGGACUUCUGGGGCCUAAAGCAUUACUAAUAUUUAUAGGCCUGUGUUAUGCGAGAGAUGAAGUGUUUUGGCUAUUACGUCAUAACGACAAUCCGCCUCAGAAAGUAAAAGGUAAAUCCACUGAAGACCUUGUUGACCGUCAGCUACCUGAAUUACUGUUUCAUAUGGAGGAGCUCAGAGCUCUUGUGCGAAAGUACAGUCAAGUUAUGCAAAGAUAUUAUGUACAGUAUUUAUCUGGUUUUGAUGCCGUAGCUCUGAAUCUCAUGAUACAAAACUUACAAGUGUGCCCUGAAGAUGAAAGUGUAAUCUUAUCUUCUCUCUGUAAUACAGCAGCUAAUUUGAACGUCAAGCAAGUUGAAAGCAAUGAAAUCUUUGAUUUUCGGGCUUUCCGCUUAGAUUGGUUCAGAUUGCAGGCAUACACAUCCUUUUCGAAAACUCAACUGAACUUGGUAGAUCAAAGAGAAUUGGCACAAUUCAUUGAUAAAAUGGUUUUUCAUACAAAAAUGGUAGACAACCUUGAUGAAAUAAUGGUAGAAACAUCUGAUUUGUCACUGUUCUGUUUCUACAGCAAAAUAUUUGAGAGCCAGUUUCAUAUGUGCUUAGAGUUUCCAGCCCAAAAUCGUUAUAUCAUUGCAUUUCCACUUAUUUGCAGUCAUUUUCAAAACUGUACUCAUGAACUUUGUCCAGAAGAAAGGCAUCACAUUAGGGAAAGAAGCCUUUCUGUUGUCAAUAUCUACUUAGAUGAAAUGGCCAAAGAAGCAAAGAAUAUAAUUACAACCAUUUGUGAUGAACAAUGCACUAUGAGUGAUAAACUACUUCCGAAACAUUGUGCACAGACAAUUGCCCAUCUGGCUAAUAGAAAGAAAAAGGACAAAAAUAAAAAGAACCCCAUAGAGAUUGUAAAACCUGGAGAUGAGAGUUACAGAAUAACCAGGGAAGAGUUGACCACAAUGGACAAACUCCAUAUGGCAUUGACAGAACUGAGUUAUGCCAUAAAUUAUUGUUCUACUGUGAAUGUUUGGGAAUACACAUUUGCACCCCGUGAAUAUUUACAUCAACACUUGGAGACUAGAUUUUCUAAAGCAUUAGUUGGAAUGGUAAUGUUCAAUCAAGACACUAGUGAAAUUGCUAAACCUUCAGAGUUGCUGGUGAGUGUCAGAGCAUAUAUGAAUGUCCUACAAACUGUUGAGAACUAUGUGCAUAUUGACAUCACAAGAGUUUUCAACAAUUGCCUGUUGCAACAAACUCAAAACACUGACAGUCAUGGUGAAAAAACCAUAGCAUCACUGUACACACAGUGGUAUUCUGAAAUCUUACUCAGAAGAGUGAGUGCUGGCAAUAUUUGCUUUUCAAUGAACCAAAAGGCUUUUGUGAGCUUGUCAGCUGAAGGUGCUAUACCUUUCAAUGCUGAAGAGUAUUCAGAUAUUAAUGAACUGAGAGCUCUAGCAGAAUUAAUUGGGCCCUAUGGUAUGAAAUUAUUAAGUGAGACACUUAUGUGGCACAUUGCCAGUCAGGUCCAGGAGCUGAAAAAGUUAGUAGUGCAGAAUAAAGAAGUAUUGCAGAUGCUUAGAACAAAUUUUGACAAACCGGAAAUAAUGAGGGAACAGUUUAAAAGAUUGCAGCAUGUUGAUAAUGUACUGCAGAGAAUGACUAUAAUAGGAGUCAUUCUGAGUUUUCGCCAAAUAGCGCAAGAGUCCGUACUCGACGUCUUAGAACGACGAAUUCCGUUUCUAAUAAGCUCUAUUAAAGAUUUCCAACAACAGCUACCUAGCGGCGAUCCAACACGUGUCAUUUCUGAGAUGUGUUCAGCCGCCGGAUUGUCAUGCAAAGUAGAUCCUACCCUCGCUUCAGCCCUUCGCCAACAUAAAGCCGAGCUAGAGGAAGAAGAGCAUCUUAUUGUCUGUUUGCUUAUGGUGUUUGUGGCUGUAUCUUUGCCAAGACUGGCACGCAGCGAGGGCUCCUUUUAUAGGCCAUCUUUAGAGGGCCACGCUAAUAAUAUACAUUGUAUGGCUCCAGCUAUUAAUCAUAUUUUUGGUGCUUUGUUUACAAUUUGUGGGCAAAACGACAUUGAGGAUAGAAUGAAAGAGUUUUUAGCACUAGCGUCUUCGUCGCUUUUGCGCCUUGGACAGGAGACAGAAAAGGAAGCGAUCAGAAACCGCGAGUCUGUUUACUUACUACUCGAUUUAAUAGUACAGGAAUCCCCAUUUCUAACCAUGGACUUGUUAGAAUCAUGUUUUCCGUAUGUUUUAAUACGUAAUGCUUAUCACGAAGUAUAUAAACAAGAACAAAUGCUAUUGCAUUCUUAAUUCCGUUUAUUUGAAAGACAUUGAAUAAUUAUAGGAAUUUUCUAAUAGUCUCGAUGACAAAUUCCAUGUAUGAAUACUAAUUAUUUUAUUGAUAAGGUUCAUAAACUGAUAAAAUUAUUAUUAGAACGAUAUAGUGUUGCAUAGUCGUCAUAAAUAUAUUAAUUGGGCUUUAAUAAGACUGGAUAAAUAUUCCUUUUCAUUAAGUUUUAUAAAUAUGAACAUUACUUUGGCUAUUGUAUCUUUUACAACUAUUUAGUAUUUGUAAGCGUAUAAUAAUUGCCUUUAGUAUAUGCCCAUAUAGUGGAGUCAAAUUAGCAGUUCACUUCUUUAAUCUAGGCUAAGGUUAUUUGAAAUCAUAGACACGAAAAUUUGGCAUUUCAAAUAAUUAAAUUUAAUAAAUAAUAAUUUUAAACUUAGAACUUUGUUAAACUACUUUUGUAGUUGGUACUUACUUGGUGCUACUUGUGAAAUGUGGUAAAUCAUUGACCAUUCUAUAAGAUAUACUUUGACUUAUAGGACCCAAAACCUUUUUGAUUAGCUAACGAAAACAAGACGGCUGUCUUGUUUUUGUUCGCUAAUCCAGCUAUGAAAAAUUAUGACUGCCAUAUAUAUUAAAAAUACGUAGAAUAUGGGGCAAAAAAUCUUGAGAUUUCUAAUCAAGUUUUUUAAGGGAAAGUAGUUUGUUGUAGACGCUUUUUUCCUGAAAAAUCAUAGCCAUUUUCUAGAUUUAAGGAAUUUAACUUUAUUGCUAAUUUGACGCUUACUAUUAAUUAUAAUAAUUUUGGAUACCUGCGCUUAAAUUGUAGAUUAGGUGAUAGUUUAUGUUUACUAUAUAAUGUAACUUAUUUUAUUUUUAUCAUAAAUUAUGUAACAGACAGUCUUAAGGUUUUGUCAGCAGCACAUAGUAGUUAGCUGUUUUGAUUAGACGGAACAACAGUUUUAAUAACACUGGAAGUCCAGUAAUUAUCUUUAAAGCAUACUGAUAAUAACCAUUUUAGUAUAACUAGUUUCAGUUGAUAAAUAAUAAAUAACAUUAGAUCACACAGUACCUAAUAUGGGCCUUUAUCUCAUAGUCUCUCAUCCAUACAAAAUCAUACCUACUUUAAAUGUCUUCAUGACCUCAUCACUCUUUGAGAUAAUAAUAUUAUAGCUAUCAGCAGUAAAACGCUGUGUAUUUUAUUUGCUGACAAAAUAUUUUCUUUGUUAAUGUAACGUUUAAAUUUUCGUAAUAGGUAUAGUUUUAAAGUUAUACUUAUAAUAUGUUACAGAAUCUUAUUCUUGUUAUAUUGUUUUCCUGCGAUUAUAAAAACUGUAACGCGGAAUUUUUUAUUGAACUUUUGUUCCACCGAUUUUAUAUAAUUUGUAGGGCAUUUUCUUAUUUUUAAUCAUGAUAAUAAAAACUGUAUUAUUUACCUUUGUAUUGUUAGUUUAGUCAACAGAAUGUAGUAUAUAAAUGGGAUAUUAUAAAAUUUCGUUUUAACGUAAUGAACAGUAAUUUCUUCGAAAUUAAACUAGGUAUAUAGGUAUCCAAUAAAUACCUGUUAUUUGCCAGGCUAAUAUUAAAUUACGAAAUCUUUAGGAUGCUAUUAUACUUUUUAACACUAACAAUGAGUAUAAGAAAAAUUAUAUUCUGGGUCUAUAACGAAGGCAAAUACCUAUUUAGAAAACUAUAAUAUAAAAUAGUGAAUGUGGCAUGUUAUGUUUGUUUUGCUCUGUAAAAGAUUGUUUUUGCAAUGAAAGCCAUUUUUUGAAGGAACAUUAAUAAGGGCCGUAAACGCACUCGAGAACUCUUAUAAUAUUGGAAAAUUGCAUUUAAUUUGGGAGUAACUUACUCCCAAAUUUAAAUUUUUCAUUAAAAGACGAAGAUUUUUUCUUACGUAUCUUUAAAUUUUUAAAAAUCUCUUUUUUACUUUUUGUAGAAAAUAUACAAAAGAAACAAGGAUAGGCGCUAACCUGAUAUCUGUGUUGUUACCAUUGGACUGGGUGCCCAUAAACAAAUGACAGUUGAAUCUGGUCCCAAUUUUCGCACGGGGUGCCUGGUACUAAUAUUAUAGUGGUUUCAAAUUUUAGUUCCUCGGACACUCGUAUUGCAGCCCCACAACUUAUAGCGCUAAAAUGGCGACAAUCAAUUUGAAACAAAAACAAAGUGACUGCAGCCCGUUCAGUGAUGACAAGCCGCAUUAAAGAUAUAUGUGGUGGGUACUCACCUUACGAAGAAAAGCAAAAGUAAAGCAAAGCGCUUCGUACGUAUAUAUGGGAUAUCAACUAAACGAAUCUACUUAUUCUGGUAGUAUAAAAGUGUUCGAGUAAUUCUAAAGACGUGCGUUCGUUAUUGGUUCCAGCACUUUUGUAUGCCUUCCUCCAAAACGUAAGUUAGGUAAUACCGAAUUUCUUGGUAUUUUCUAUUAACUAACUAAGAAAUGUUAAACUUUAAAAAAUGUAUAGCCUCCCUAAUUGUUAAAAAAUGAAGUAGGUACCAACCUAAUUCGAAGGAACAUAUUUUAUUAUGAAUAAGUAUAAACUUACACUUUUGUAACUUGUAUAUAUGAAUUAUAAGCACUCCGAAAUAGUU